GCGUGCGCAGUUUGCCGCAGGCCCGGAAAUUAAUCGGUGAAGGACGGGCGCGCUCCGCUGAAUGAUUUUCCGAUAUUGUCUCAAACCUCCGCGGCUCCAGGGUUGCAAACGUCGCGUCCUCUCUCCAGCCCACUCUGAGUGCCAACGUCGCCCUGAGGCCUUCCGAGACCUGGUAGCUCCGCCGGGGUCCCGGGUCCGAGUCGGGUUCCGAUUACGAUCGCUCCCCUUGCGCCUGGCUUCCCCGUGCCGUUCUGCCUUCAGUCCCGUAGGGACCGCGCGUCGUUUUCUGACUUCAAACCCUCCCCCGGCCUCCCCUCCUCCGCCUGUGUGGCCCAGGGACCGGUGAGGGUCCUCUGCGUGGGGAGUGGUCGGCGGGGUCUGGGCCGCGGAGGGAAGUCAGCCCGCCAGGGCUCGUGCGGCGCGGGGCGAGGCGAGGGCGGCGGCCAGCUCCCCUCGCCGUUGGUCUCCGCGUCGCCGAGCCCGCCUGUCGCGGCGCGCAGCAGAGGACGGUCUUUGUCCCCUGUGCGUGGCUGUGUCGCAGGAAGGGGUGACGGCCUAUUUUCAGCACAGGAUUGACUUCUGACGACAGAUCUUCCCAGAGAACGAAGCCUGGAGAAGACGGAGGAGUCUGGAAUGGCCGUCUCCCAGGUGCUGUUGACAUUCAGGGACGUGGCCAUAGAGUUCUCUCAGGGGGAGUGGAAACGCCUGGACCCUGCUCAGAGGGCUUUGUACAGGGAGGUGAUGUUGGAGAACUACAGGAACCUGGUGUCCGUGGGAAUCUUUCUUUCCAACCGGAAUAUUAUCUCCAUUUUGGAGCAAGGAAAAGAGCCUUGGACCAUGGAGGGUGAGGUGGAAAUAACAAAAAAAUCAGAUAUCCCUGCUAGAUGUGUGAUCAAGGAGUUACCACAAAAAGAGGAAGUUAACAAAGGAAAAUUAUUUCAAUUAUUGAUGUUGGAGAGACAUGACAUUGAGGAUUUUGAUUUCAGGGAAGUCCAGGAAAAUAUGUAUGAGUUUGAGAGUCACUGGGAAUAUGAUGAAAAAUAUUUUAAAGGAUUGACUAUGAUUCAUAACAAAAAUUUCACUGGUGGAAGAGAUCAACAACAUAACAAAUCCAGAAAUAAUAUUUCUCUAAAGCAGAGUGUUUCUAUAAGAAAAAGUCCUUAUCAGUAUUACAAACAUGAGAAGUCCUACAUAAGGAAUUUGCUAAAACUAAAAAGUAAAAUACUCUAUGCAAGAAACAAGUAUAUAAAAUAUUUUGAAAAUAGAAUUGGAUUAAGCUUUCAGUUAGAUUCAGCAAAACUUCAGAAGCUUCAAACUGAAGAGAAAAUUUAUGAAUGUAAUCAAGUUGAAAAGUUUAUCAACAAUCAUUCUUCUGCUUCACAGCUUCAGAGAAUUCCUCAUAGUAACAAGAACAUUCAUAAUAAAUAUGAGAAGGUUUUUAUGCAUCCUUCAUCAUUUACACAAUAUCAGAAAACACACAUUAGGGGAAAACCUUACAAAUGUAAUGACUGUGGGAAGGUUUUUCGAGAAAGCUCAAACCUCACUAGUCAUCAGAUAAUUCAUUCUGGGCAGAAACCUUACAAGUGUAAUGAAUGUGGCAAAGCUUUUACCCAAUUCACAAACCUUAGUAGACAUAAGAGAAUCCAUACUAGAGAAAAGCCAUAUAAAUGUAAUGUUUGUGGCAAGGGCUGUAGCCAAAAUUCAAAUCUUGCAAGUCAUCAAAAAAUUCAUACUGGAGAGAAACCUUACAAGUGUACUGAGUGUGGCAAAGCCUUUUCAGGGCGUUCAAGCCUUACUCAACAUAAGAGAAUCCAUACAGGAGAGAAACCUUACAAAUGUAAUGAAUGUGGGAAGACUUUUAGAGGAAGCUCGAAUCUCACUAAUCAUCAGAGAAUUCAUUCUGGGCAGAGACCUUACAAAUGUAAUGAAUGUGACAAAUCCUUCAAUCGUAUCUCACACCUCACAAGACACCAGAGAAUUCAUACUGGAGAGAAACCAUAUAAAUGUAAUAUAUGUGGCAAAGUCUGUAGUCAAAAUUCAAACCUGGUAAUCCAUCAGAGAAUUCAUACAGGAGAGAAGCCCUACAAGUGUAAUGAGUGUGGCAAAGCCUUUAGAGGAAGCUCGAAUCUCACUAAUCAUCAGAGAAUUCAUUCUGGGCAGAGACCUUACAAAUGUAAUGAAUGUGACAAAUCCUUCAAUCGUAUCUCACACCUCACAAGACACCAGAGAAUUCAUACUGGAGAGAAACCAUAUAAAUGUAAUAUAUGUGGCAAAGUCUGUAGUCAAAAUUCAAACCUGGUAAUCCAUCAGAGAAUUCAUACAGGAGAGAAGCCCUACAAGUGUAAUGAGUGUGGCAAAGCCUUUAUGGAGCGUUCAAGCCUUACCCAACAUAAGAGAAUCCAUAGUGGAGAAAAGCCUUAUAAAUGUAAAGAAUGUGGCAAAGCCUUCAACCAGUCCUCUAACCUGGUAAUCCAUCAGAUCAUUCAUACUGGAGAAAAGCCUUACAAGUGUAAUGAAUGUGGCAAAACCUUUAACGUAUGUUCAAGCCUUACUCGACAUCAAAGAAUCCAUACUGGAGAGAAGCCUUACAAAUGUAAUGAGUGUGGUAAAGCCUUUAGCCAAUUUGCAAAUCUUACCAGACAUCAGAAAAUGCAUACUGAAAAAAAAACAUUGUAUGGCUAAUAUAUGUGGCAGUACUUUCACCCAAAACACAAAUGUUGGAAAUCAUCAGAGAGUUUAUGCUGGAGAGAAACCUUGAAAAUGUAAUUAACAUGGUAAGCUUUUCUCA